AAAUGUAUUGAUCUUAUUCUUUUGUUAAUUUAUGUGCUCUCUUUUCUCGCAACGUGUUUUACAUACUUAAAAGUGGCAAGGCAACGUUAUCUUAUGAAAAAAGAAAAAGCCAAAAUAACGAAGAAACGCUUAUUUUACGGCGUGUACCUGUUUGCUGUCUCGGGGAUUGGGAAGCGAGAUUACAGUCUGGAGGGCUGACCUAAUUGGGCAGGUUAGAAAGGCAUACGACAGGCUUUUUCCUCGCUAGCAUGUCGCCUCUCUACGUUCCACCGCCAGAAUGUCUGUUAAAGUCUUUUACGGUCCCGCGGCGUUACUUGUUCGGACCAGGACCUUCAAACGUGCCUCCGCGAAUCUUGACGGCUGGGUCGCAACCUAUGCUGGGGCACCUGCAUGCAGAAACUAUUGAGAUUAUGGAUCAUAUCAAGAGUGGGAUCCAGUAUGCGUUUCAGACGCAGAACCGUAUGACUCUGGCCGUGAGUGGACCGGGCCAUGCGGCGAUGGAGUGUGCCAUCUUUAACUCGGUGGAGUGCGGAGACAGUGUGCUCAUUGCAGUCAAUGGCAUCUGGGGGGAGCGGGCUGCAGAGAUAGCAGAAAGGAUAGGUGCCAAGGUGAACAAGAUUGUGACAUCUGCAGGCAGCUACUUCCGAAAUGAUGAAAUCGAACAGGCAUUAUCUAAAUAUAAGCCAGUUCUGUUCUUCCUUACACAUGGGGAGUCUUCUACAGGAGUGGUUCACCCCAUCGAUGGUAUUGGUGAACUCUGUCACAGGUACAACUGCUUGUUCCUGGUUGACUCUGUCGCAGCAUUGGGAGGUUCUCCCAUCUACAUGGACAAGCAAGAUAUUGACAUUAUGUACACUGGCUCUCAGAAGGUACUGAACGUCCCGCCAGGAACUGCACCCAUCUCCUUCAGCGAGAGAGCAUGCUGCAGAAUCUUCAGCAGGAAGACAAAGCCGGUGUCUUACUUUCUGGAUCUGAGCUGGCUGGCAAAUUACUGGGGCUGUGAUAGAAAAUCUGCCCGUGCGUAUCACCACACUGGACCUGUGACUGCAUUGUACAGUCUGAGAGAGGGUCUUGCUAUUCUGGCAGAGACCGGCCUUGAAAACUCCUGGAAAAGACACAAAGAUGUGGCUGCCUACUUUCAUGAAGGCCUAGAAAGAAUAGGCCUGAAGCCCUUUGUGGAGGACAAGAAAGCAAGAUUGCCCACAGUUACUACAAUAGUAGCUCCACCAGGGUAUGACUGGAGAGAGAUCACAGGCUACAUUAUGAAGAAUCACAACAUAGAAAUCUCCGGAGGUCUUGGGCCCUCUGUUGGCAUGGUCCUGCGUGUGGGACUUAUGGGUUGUAACAGCAACAAGCCUUAUGUGGAUAUGAUUUUAGAGGCUCUCACUGAUGCACUGAAGCACUGCCACAAGAGUAAAGUGUAAUAGGACAUUGCAGUGAAUUACUCACUCAGCUCUCACUAUAUAUAAAUAUAUAAGUGAAUAUGUACUAGUUUUAAAUAAACUGAAAUAUAUUUUAUUAAAGCCAAAUUAAAAUGCUGGUCUUUCUUGUAUCUAGUUAAUCUGUAUGUAUAUGCAU